CGAGCGGAGCCGAGCGGAGCCGAGCCUCCCAUGCGCCUGCCGAGCAUGUCGCAGCCCUUCCUGCUGGCGCCCAUCGCCGAGUGCGCCCCGGGGCCGCCCGGCGCCCAGGUCCGGCUGGCGGUGAUGGGCGCCCGCGGCGUCGGCAAGAGCGCGAUGAUCGUGCGGUUCUUGACGAAGCGGUUCAUCGGGGACUACGAGCCCAACACAGGCAGCCUCUACUCCCGGCUGGUCCGUCUGGAGGGGGACCACGUUGCCGUGCAGAUCCAAGACACGCCGGGGAGCGUCCAGGUGCAGGAAGACUGCGUGCAGGUGCUGGACUCCCUGUCCCGCUGCGUGAAGUGGGCAGAGGGCUUCCUCCUGGUCUACUCCAUCACGGACUACAGCAGCUACCAGUCAGUCCGACCUCUCUACCAGCACAUACGCAAGGUCCACCCAGAUGCCAGGACUCCCAUCAUUAUCGUGGGGAACAAAGCGGACCUCCUCCAUGCCAGGCAAGUACAGGCGAAAGAGGGACUACAGCUGGCAAACGAACUGGGCAGCCUGUUCUUGGAAAUCUCCACGAGCGAUGACUCCCAAGGCGUCUGCGAUGUUUUCCAGUAUCUUUGCAAGGAGGUCAGCAAACUACAGCACGCCGGCAGCACGGACAGGAGGCGAUCGUCCAUCAUCCCUCGGCCCAGGUCUCCCAACAUGCAAGAUCUAAAGAGACGUUUCAAACAGGCUUUAUCUCCCAAAGUCAAAUAAACCCCCCCGAUGAGAUCCUGUGUGACUCCAUAGACUUUAUUUUUGUAAACUAGUUAAUGAAAAUCUUUAUUUUUGUACUAAUGCCAGCAGUAUGGAAGUAAGUAUGUUGAAGCUUGCAAUUUCCUUGCCAGUCCCUCUUGUUUGACUGCUUAGGUUAUUUUUACAAAAAAAAAAAAAAAAAAAAGUGCUGCAUAGCAACUAAAUAGAGGUAGUUGGAGAAGGGGGUUUUUGCCAGGAGGUUUUGAUUCCAUUUCUGUUUUGGGCUGGGAUUUGCUGGUUUACUCUGCACAAAUUAGUUUCUUGGGCCUCAGUUUCCUGUUUGUAAAAUGGGAAUGAUGAUGAUGUAACAUUAUAAAAUGUUUGGAAAGCCUUUGAUGGAAAGCUUUAUAUGGAGAGAAAAAAAAAAAAAGCUUUUUUAGCCUGUAAGAAUUCUGAUUGUAACAGGAUCUCUGUUUUCCCUCAACAACUGCUGUUUUAUUUGCACCUGUAAUCGCCUGAAUGAUGAUAAGCUGUUAGGAAUGAGUUCCAAUUUCUGAUGUGCUGUAGAGAUCUAUCCCACAGAAUUAAUCUUUUGAGCCGAAAGCAUUUGACAGGAGGGUUGAGUUUCUCCUACAGAUUACUGUAGUGCUGAGCAAUCCGCAGCAGGGGAGUGUGUAGGAUGGCUGUUGCUUUCUCUGGAGAUGUGUGAUAGGAAGGACUGAUGUGUAGGUUCCCUUAAUAAAAUAGCUACAUUUAAAAGGAAUCACAUCUUUAUCUUUCCCAGGGCAAUUUUGUAGUCAUUGGAAACAGGUCAGACUUCUUACUCUUAUUUCACAUAAGCUCUGUACCGUACUAGAAUGGUUUUUAUUAACUGCUUACUGGAUGUCUGAACAUGGAAUGUGGGGUUUGCACUUCAAAUAUGCCUCUGAAUUAUGUGCAUGGUAUUGGUAAAAAAUAAAGCUCUGCUCCAUGCUGA